UGCGUGUGUCGUAGACGUGGGACAUUCUCUCACUUGUCGCAUCGUGUGGAACCAUGGAGGGCUGGAGCAAAGACAACUGGGGCAUCGGUGCAAUCAUUUUCAUUGGAUUAUUCGGCUCGUUGCUGGGCGUGUGCCCGGUGCGCUGGUUUCUCAGCCUGUUGCGACCAUCGAAAACAUGGCGGGAUGAUGCUAUUUUGAUUGAUGGCACCUUGCUGGAGCUAAAGGAAGUGGAACAAUCCGAGAUGAAUUGGUCUUGGAAGGAGCAGCGCAUCGCCUACUGCUUCGAUCUGGGCCCCGCUUUGACUGGCGUGGUCCACGUCCGAGACUGGCGCGUCUCGGCGGAGAUCUCCUCGCAGCUGGGGCGUGCAGGGUCGCCGGUGCACAUCCGAAGACACAAGAAGGA